AUGGAGAAGACUGACAAUGUCAAUAGCACGACAAAACAAGAGUUUGCUAAACUCGAAGUUUUGCUUAUCGAGACAGCGAGCCACGUCACUAUUUGUCUCAAGAAAUUGAAAGACAAUCUUGGCAAGUACGAUAGACGUCAUGGACUUUACUUUCAUGGUACAUCCAAACACUUUAUGCGAAACGAUAUCCAAGUUGCGAAAGAAUUAGCAACGGACUUGCGGUAUGCAGCAAAACGGAUCUGCAGAAACAAGCAACCAACCAGGUCCGAGAUUAAUGCUGCUCGCAUGAGCAUGAAUGCAACCGCAGACGCCAUGAACGAUCUCAUACAAUCAGGUCGAAUCUAUGACCAAAACUCAAACAACGGCGUAUCGGGAGGUGUGACUAGCAUCAUUAACAAUAUCCUCGGUACCAAUGUUAACAAUCAAAAGGAGAAUGAAGAAGCGUUUCCUCAAAAUGGCGAUGAUAAAUUCACGACCAAGCGACGUUUCUUCGGGCACAAGCACACUGGUGGUGGGAUACCUAAAAGUUCUGACACAGUGGGAGCAGUAGUGCUAGCAACUUUGCAUGAAACCUUUGGUGGAUUCUCGGCCUUGAAGCAGCAAAUCGCAGAUACGGAAAACGCAAUGUCGCCGUCGUUUGCAGCUCGUGCCAAGGAGGCAGUCAAAGACAUAGCAAACAAUUUUGUUGACGACUUUAAUCCCAGCCCAAAUGCCAUGCCACAGAGUCUAUGA